UUUUAUUUACAUGCAAUUUGCAGCCAAAUAUUGUGAACCAAUUCACCUAAAAUUGUGAGCAAAUGCAUCUGUGCACAGAUAAUUCAUCAGUAGAUGUCUUAAAUGUUCACCAGUUUUGUGACAUUUUUCAUUGAUAUUUUAUAACUAACUAUAGCUGUUGACCUUUCAUGUACCCCAGGUCAGUGUGGACCUAGAAAAACAGCCAACAUAACAGCUGGAAAUGCUGCAACAUGUGCAUUACAAUUCCAGAAUGAGCUGCAAAAACUGAUUGGCAUCAUUUAGGCUGCUGACAUGCUGUAAAAGUGGUCUGUCAUGAAAAUUAAGUCAAUUACGGCAAGAAGCAGCCUAUCUUGAGCCAUUUAGGUGAUUUUAGCUGUUUCAUUUCUAACCCUUCAUUUUCCUGUUUUCUAAUGUAACCCAGGUCUUCAUUUUAUUCCAGGGGAAAUGCUUAAAAAAUAUGUAUCAUCAGGGCUACUUGUUUUCCACUUGACCUGACAUGUCCUGAAAAUUGGGCUGUUUGCUCAAGAAAGAUGUUGCGCAGAGAAGGGAAAAUGAAGUCCCUGUGCCAAAUGUUCAGGUUGUCCUCAGUGGAGGCUGCUGCUUGGGAUACUCUUUAUCUUUAUGAAUUUCUUGCAUUAUUGACUAGUGUCAGCUGACAGUUUUAUGUAGAAAUAAGUCUAUUUUAACCCAAAUUAUAUGAUGAUUUUUUAUCAUUUCUAUCAUUGGGUAUUAGUUAUAAAAUUGACCUCUUGCAAAUGUGUGCACUAAAUAAUUAUUUCUACAUUGAACUCCUGUUGUAACUGCUUUUAUUUUUUAUUAUUUGAUUAUUUUUUAUCAUCAUCAUGGUUCUGAAUUCUGAAAUUGAUCAUUUGAAAAUAACCUCUUGCAAAUGUGUGCACUAAAUUAUUAUUUCUACUUUGAACUCCUGUUUUAACUUCUUUUAUUUUACACUUGCCAUGCAUAUUGGAAAAUAAUCCCUCCAUUUAUAGUUUGUUAUUCUUGAUUUCUUAGAAGUGUUUCAGCUCGCAAGGUUGUUUUUUUACCUUGACGCCUGGUCCCAAAACAUGCAAGGAACCUGGAACUUUUGGGCAGUAAACAUGAACAUUGAUUUCUUUAGAUCUUUAUUUACAUAAAUACCCUGCCCCUUUGCUCUGAUUUGUUUAAAUGUUCUAUUUAAUCUGUGACUUGACCUGGUAAAGUAAUGAUUAACUUGUCCAUAUUGUGGUCCUAUAAUAUAUGGCAUCCUCCUUUCAAUGAAAUGUCACUUUUUUUAUUUCUGUAAAUAUCUUGGUAAUGCUUCUUAAAAUAUUUAAUUUAGGUCAUUCAGCAUCUGAUUUAAAAUAACCAUCAAUCCCUUCAUUUGGGAUUGAUUGUGUAAUUAUUGGCUGUUGGAAUGAGAUUUGACCUCCUGCUCUGUUUGCUGUGUUAUGGUGACCUGGCACUAAAACACACCGUGGUUUAGUUAUCGAUUUGGCUGCAUCUUUAAUUUGUUUAUCCUCUUUUUUUUUAACCUUUACACUGUUACCAUUGUUUCCAAUGAGCCCAGCUAGAUUUCUGAGAGUCAGCAAGAGGAGAGAGGCAAACAGAGAGGGAGAGACGAGGCUCAAAUAGUCCCAGUGUUGCAGAGCAGAUAGAGGAUGAUUCAUGUGUGAGAGGCAGAGCCUGACGCAGAGCAAGCAGCCUUGUGGACCAGCACUCAGACCCAGGAUCAGCCCAGCCUUCUCAGAACUGGAGACCCUCUCCUCGCAACGUCCCUCGCCUCCACCGCGUGCCCCCUUCAGUGACAUGUACCCCGAAGAGAGCCGGGGGUCCGGAGGGGUAGCCACUGUGGACUUCCUGGAAGGGACAUACGACUAUGCCGCCCCCACCCCUGCCCCGACUCCUCUUUACAGCCACUCCACCGCUGGCUACUACUCUGCUCCUCUGGACUCCCACGGACCACCCUCAGGUGGCAGCCUUCAGUCCCUGGGUAGUGGGCCUAGCAGUCCUCUGGUGUUCGUGCCCUCCAGCCCCCGACUCAGCCCCUUUAUGCACCCACCCAGCCACCACUAUUUGGAAACCACCUCAACACCCAUCUACAGGUCCAGUAUACCAUCCAGUCAGCAGUCCGUUUCCAGAGAGGACCAGUGCGGCACCAGCGACGAGUCAUACAGUGUGGGGGAGUCAGGGGCUGGAGCCAGGGCCGGGGGGUUUGAGAUGGCCAAAGAGACGCGUUUCUGUGCCGUGUGCAGUGACUAUGCCUCUGGGUACCACUAUGGGGUGUGGUCCUGUGAGGGCUGCAAGGCCUUCUUUAAGAGGAGCAUCCAGGGUCACAAUGACUAUAUGUGCCCAGCAACCAAUCAGUGUACUAUUGACAGGAAUCGGAGGAAGAGCUGCCAGGCUUGCCGUCUUAGGAAGUGUUACGAAGUUGGCAUGAUGAAAGGAGGUGUGCGCAAGGACCGCGGGGGUGUUUUGCGGCGUGACAAACGACGGACUGGAACCAAUGACAGAGACAAGGCCUCUAAGAACCAGGAGCACAGGACAGUGCCCCCCCAGGAUGGGAGGAAACGCAGCAGUGCUUGUGGUGGAGGAGGAAAAUCAUUGCUGGCUGGCAUGCCUCCUGACCAGGUGCUCCUUCUGCUCCAAUGUGCCGAGCCCCCAAUACUGUGCUCUCGUCAGAAGCUGAGCCGACCCUACACCGAGGUCACCAUGAUGACCCUGCUCACCAGCAUGGCCGAUAAGGAGCUGGUCCACAUGAUUGCCUGGGCCAAGAAGCUUCCAGGUUUCCUGCAGCUGGGCCUCCAUGACCAGGUGCAGCUGCUGGAGAGCUCAUGGCUGGAGGUGCUGAUGAUCGGGCUCAUCUGGAGGUCCAUCCACUGCCCCGGCAAACUCAUCUUCGCACAGGACCUCAUACUGGACAGGAACGAAGGCGACUGUGUCGAAGGCAUGGCUGAGAUCUUUGACAUGCUGCUGGCUACUGCUUCCCGCUUCCGCUUGCUCAAACUCAAACCCGAGGAGUUUGUCUGUCUCAAAGCUAUCAUCUUGCUCAACUCUGGUGCCUUCUCUUUCUGCACCGGCACAAUGGAGCCCCUCCACGACACCGUGGCAGUGCAGAGCAUGCUCGACACCAUCACAGACGCUCUCAUACAUCAUAUCAGCCAAUCAGGGUGCUCGGUUCAGCAGCAGUCCAGACGACAGGCCCAGCUGCUCCUCCUGCUCUCCCACAUCAGGCACAUGAGCAACAAAGGCAUGGAGCAUCUCUACAGCAUGAAGUGCAAGAACAAAGUGCCUCUGUACGACCUGCUGCUCGAGAUGCUAGACGCUCACCGCAUCCAGCGUCCAGACAGACCAGGUCAGCCCUGGUCCCAGGUUGAUGGAGAGCCUCCCUUCACCAUCAGCAACAAUAACAACAGCAGCAGCAGUGGCGGCAGCUCAGGUGGUUCCAGUUCAGGACCCCGAGUCAGCUAUGAGAGCCCUGGCAGAGCCCCCACAGUCCUGCAGUACGGUGGUCCUGCUCUGACUGCACCCACAUCCUAUGAGACAGAGCACAGCAAGCAACAUCUGAAGGUUGUAGAUGUGUGUUGUGCAGAAUGAGAGGUGUUUGGGAAUAAAGUAUAAAGGUUGUAAUUGAAUUCAUUUCAUGAGAUAAUUAUUUAUAAAUUAAGUGAUUUUGUAGCUGUUGUUUUUUCCUUUGCACUACAUCAAUUCACUACAAUAUGAGCGUCAAUGCAGUUAAUCUUUUAUGCUGCCUUUCAUAAUCUGUGAUUUUGAGUCAGUCUCUAACAGCUUUACAGCAGGUGUCAUAUAUAAUGACGAGCAGAUCAUUUUUCUUUUUAUUCGCCUCAACCAAAGUGCACUUUCUCUGGGGUUUAAGGGGCUAUUGGGCAUUAUUUUUACUUUACAUAUUACACAAAACUGAUUCAAAUUAUUGUGUAAUUUAUUUUGUGUUUAAAUUCACACAUUGUUAAAGUAAAAACAUCAGGUAUUGUGUUUUCUGCACACACAAUUUUAACCUUUAAUAUAUUUGGGAAGAAAAUUAUGUCAAUGAUGAAAUUGUGAAAUGAACAGUGGCCUAGGAUAUAUCUGUUGAAUUUUUAAAUAGCUAAAAAUUGCACAAGCAAAUCCUAGACAUAAUGAAGGAAGUGUAUUGUUGGGAAACGUCUAAUCUAUCCACAGCUUUUUGUGUGUAGUCGGUUGGGUCUUAAUGCUUACUUGCACCAAAGUUUUUUCUGAAUUUGUCAUGUCUUAAAUAUGUGUGUGUGUAUGUGUGUGUGUGUGUGGCAGAGAGACAGAGCUGUGAGCGGCUCCAAGCUGAUUUUAUACAUAAUUGUUUUGUCUUGAUGCAGUUGUUCAACAUUUCAAACUCUUCAACGCUACAACUGGUUAUUGUUCAUCCACUAAUUCAAUGAUUACAUGUUGAGUUUGGCUGGAUUUACACACCUCCAAAAAAAAAAAAAGUAUCGUGUAAACAUAUCAUUUUUUAAUAAAUGUACGAAAUUGUAUCCAUUUGUUUAAAAGAUGUCUGAAAUGGACAUUGUCAGAGCAUAUAUUUUUGUGCUUUUAUUUUGAAGCGUGUGCUCUUAUUUUGAAGCCUUGGCGCACCUGCUGACUUAAUUGCAAUGGUUUCACAGGUGUUUCUUUUAGCUAAUCAGCACAGUAAGACGCCAGUACAAAGUUUUUCAACCGCUUCAUUAGUUUCCAGUUUCUUUGCAUAAUAAUAAUAAAAUGUAAAUAUUACUGGAUUAUCAUCGGUGAUUGGUUGGACUGGACUGUUGGAGCCAAGCUGCUGCAAAGCAACAUUUCAAUCAUGGUAAAGAACACAACUCAUCGCUCAAGCGUGUUGGAAGCUCUGUUGGGCAUCUACAUGUUCAAAAUCUUGGUAAUUAAAAGCCAAUACAGACAUGACCAGGUGUUACCUGUGUAGAAAUUCAGCAAAAGGAACUUACUGUAUGAGCAUGUUGCAUUUGCAACACAGCAAAGUUGUUUGGAUUCGAAACCGCAUACUAUACUAGUAGUACUGAUUGAUUGAUUGAUUGAUUGAUUGAUUGAUGAAAAGCCUCGAGCUGUUAAGUGUAAGUCCAGUCAAACCUGAACUGACUGUCAUUUGUUUACUGUGCAUUCAAAUAAAAACAUUCAUUGGGAAAA